AUGGCGGCUGAUUUCAGGGAUGUUCACCUGAGCCCACACUUGUCUGAGAUACAUGUACAUUCCGCAGGCAAGCACCCGCACCUCAUUAUUCCCACGGAUGUACCCCUUGUGACCUACCACACUCAGUACCUGCCCUCUGGAAAUCCAGAAGCAGGGAAAUAUGAGGUGAAUGGUAAUUAUGCUGUGAAUCCGGAGCUGGCGAUGCCUGGGCAGCUUUGCCUGUGCAACUUGAACGGGGAUGGGGUGUUUGGGUCUUAUAAUGAUAUGGACGCAGAGAGUCUCAGGGCGGAGACUGAAUGUCCGUAUGUUGUGACAGAUGGUGCCAUAAGAUCUUUCACAUCAUGUGAGAAGUGUAAUUUCUUAAGAACAUUUCACACGAGCGGCAGCAGAGAGGCUGUAACCAUGAGGCGACAGCGAGGUUCCAGCAAUGGAAGUUACGAUGGUGCUUUAGAAAGAAUAAACGAGGAUCAAGAUCAUACCAUUUGUACUUCUAAUUCUCCUGAAAGAUGUCAUUCCUGUUCCUCAUUAGAAGGAGCUUCCCUUGAUGCCACUGGCACAUUAGCCCAUGCUUGGAGUGAACCUACAAAUGGCGGGCUAACAGAUUCAUCAGCUUCGUCAGCAGGUAUAGCUGCCAACGGUCACCCAGCAACUUUAACAGAUAAUUUUCAAUCUAUAGACAAUGACUGUGGGAACUCCACUUCAGCUCAACAGUUCACAUUGCUUCCUACACUUUCCAUCACCGAUUUUAGCCAGCAUCUCCCUCUGAUCACGGAAUCAUCUAUUGAAGAAGACCAACCAGUCAACGAAACAACAGAAUAUUUAGUGAAAGAUGCCGAUUCUGGGAUUGACCAGUCCCAAAAUGCUUCAGUUCAGGAGAAAGACAACAUUGAGAACCUGGAAUCAUGUGGGCAGUCCCCAGCAGACCAGUCACUCCAGUCUGCAGGCUCAGGGGCUCUUCAUCUUCCCUUGUCUGCAUUCCGAUUUCACACAAAUUUGACUUCAUCCGCGUCGAAAAACAGAAAACUUCGAGACAAGCAACUAGCAGGUCCUUCUUCCUGCCAGAGAGGGAAGAGCCGCCCUCCGCCCAGCCAGUCGUGGUUACUGAGGCUGUUCGAGUCCAAGAUGUUUGACAUGACUAUUGCUAUAACUUACUUGUAUAAUUCCAAGGAGGCAGGUGUGCAAACUUACAUUGGUAAUCGAAUGUUCAGCUUUGAUGACAGCGAGGUUGAUUUCUACCUGCCUCAGUUACUCAACAUGUACAUACACAUGCACGACGUGGCAGAAGCCAUCCAUCCCUACCUGGUGCACAGAUGCAGGAAUUCGGUUGAGUUCUCUGUGAACGCUGCCUGGUUACUAAGUGCCUACUCCGCUGACACCCACAAGCCCAACUGGAAGAACUCUCAGGGCAUCAAGUUGCGGGAUAUGAUCCUCAGUGAGGACCUCAGACCUCAGACCAAGAUCUCCCACAGCAGGCCCUUGACCCACAUUCACAGGCAGACAGCUUCAGGGACUGGGGACAAGGACAUCAGCAGCCAGACUCCCCAGCCACUUCCUGUGGCUCUCAGUGGCAGCAGUCAGACCUCCACGGCCUUAGACCUGAUGUUGUCUUCACUUCAGGAGAGCCAUGUGUCAGCAGGGAAGAAGACCCACCAGCGCUCACUCUCAGAGACAGCAGGUCACAUACUGAAGCACAGUGAGACUGUGCCCACGAUCAGCUACAGCAGUGCUAGUCAGAUUGGGGAUCUGUCCACUGGGCGAGCCUUCGACAGUGGCUGUCAAUGCUACAACAAGUCAGAGGCAGUGUUCAAUGACUUGAAAGGGCUGGAGACAUUGUGUUGUUGUGAGGCUCCAAGGUUGCUACCAGAAAAUGAGUUCAUUAGAUGCCUAUUGAGCAUUGGUAAAAAACUGCAGGCGUUGCCAACAAAGGAACAACGAACAUCUCAGCUGAUAGCGGACUUAUCUUUGUUGAACCUGAACCUUCCGGCGAGAGUCUGGCUGCCAACAUCCCAUGCCAGAAACCACCACGUGGUUCGAAUCGCUCACACACAGUCUGUUGUCCUCAAUUCUAAAGAGAAGGCUCCAUUCAUGGUUUAUGUGGAGGUGCUGGCAUGCGACAACAUGAACACCAGCCAGGUACCCAGCAAGAUUCUGGAGAACACCCUGCGAUACACCCGUUCUGAGGAGGACCUAUCUCGGUUUACUCAAGCAACAAAUGGCUCUCCUCGUCCCGAGUUUAGUGUCUACGGUACUUGCCACGAUUUUGACGAUGCAGACUGUUGGUCUCAGGAGGACGAUGAGAUCAUUGCAUUUGCCAAUCGCUGCCGAUCCAGUGACACAAUCUCACAGUUGUCGACAGAAAGUUCAGCCAGUGCCGAUAGCAAGGAUCCAGUCUACAUUGCCGCUGGAGAUAUCCGGCGGCGCCUGUCUGAAAACAUGGCUGCACCGAAGAAAAAAUUUGAGCGGGAUCCAGAUGAUCCAUCAGCUGCUGCUCUCAAGGAACCCUGGCAGGAUAAAGUAGCCAGGAUACGAGAAUCGUCACCGUAUGGCCAUCUGCCCAACUGGCAACUCAUGUCAGCAAUAGUCAAAGUUGGAGACGAUUUGCGACAAGAACUUCUUGUCUACCAGCUUUUGAAGAGACUGAAGAUGUUUUGGGCCGAAGAGCGCCUUCCACUCUGGAUCAAACCGUACAAAAUUGUGGUAACAUCCCGGGACAGCGGAAUGAUUGAGUCUGUCCUGAAUUCAGUCUCCCUGCACCAGAUCAAGAAGCACAGUAAAAUGUCGCUGCGGGACUACUUUAUUCACGAAUUUGGCCCAGUCACCAGUGAAGAGUUCCUCACGGCCCAGAAGAACUUUGUUGAGAGCUGUGCCGGCUACUGUUUGGUGUGCUAUCUGCUCCAGCUCAAGGACAGACACAAUGGAAACAUCCUGCUGGACUCUGAAGGACACAUCAUUCAUAUCGAUUUUGGCUUCAUCCUGUCUAUUUCUCCUGGCAAAAACUUGGGCUUUGAGAACUCUCCCUUCAAGCUGACCCACGAAUUUGUGGAGGUGAUGGGCGGGCUGGGCAGUGACAUGUUUGAGUACUUCAAGAUUCUCAUGCUGCAAGGUUUCGUGGCCUCCCGCAAACACAUGGACAAGAUUCUGCCCUUGGUCGAGAUCAUGCAGACAGGUUCCCAGCUGCCGUGUUUCAGCAAGGGUAUUGCAGCCAUCCGAGCUUUCAAGGACCGGUUCCACAUGUCGUCCACGGAGGAACAGCUGCAGCUGAUAGUAGACGGCCUGGUAGAGUCUAGUCUGCACUCCUUGACCACCAAGCUCUAUGAUGGAUUUCAGUACUACACCAACGGCAUCUUGUGA